AUUUUAUUGCUUAGACGAACCAGUUGGAGAUAGCUUCUCAACCGAGCACACACAGAGAAACAAUAUGAGCAAUCAUCAAACUAGAGAAAAGCAACUAGAGCCAUGGUGUGAGCUUAAAGACAAGGUAGUUCUUCUAACAGGAGCUUCAUCAGGUAUAGGAAGAGAGAUCUGUCUCGAUCUAGCCAAAUCAGGCUGCAAGAUCAUCGCAGCUGCACGUCGUCUCGACCGUCUCCACUCCCUCUGCUCCCAAAUCAACACCUUCACCAAACUCGCAGCACCUCUCGAGCUAGACGUUUCAUCAGACUCAUCCACCAUCCAAAACGCAGUCAAACAAGCCUGGUCCAUCUUCGGACACAUCGAUGUCUUAAUCAACAACGCAGGAAUCAGAGGCAAAGUCAACUCAAGCCUCGACUUACCCGAACAAGAAUGGGAAAAAGUCUUUAGAACAAACUUAACCGGACCUUGGUUAGUGUCAAAACACGUCUGCGUUUUAAUGCGUGAAGCUAAACUUGGAGGUUCGGUGAUAAACGUGUCGUCUAUCUCGGGACUUGAACGUGGGAAGUUACCUGGUGGGUUGGCAUACGCUUGUUCGAAAGGAGGGCUUGAUAUUAUGACGAAGAUGAUGGCUGUUGAGUUGGGUAAGUAUGGUAUAAGAGUGAACUCUAUAGCUCCGGGGCUGUUUAAGUCGGAGAUCACGGAAGGUUUGAUGGAGAAAGAGUGGAUGAAGAAUGUGACUGAGAGGAUUGUGCCGUUGAAGGUGCAGCAGAGUGUGGAUCCGGGGUUGACUUCGCUUGUUAGGUAUCUUAUUCAUGAUGCUUCGAGGUAUGUGUCUGGGAAUGUGUAUAUUGUUGAUGCUGGUGCUACAUUGUGUGGUCUGCCUAUUUUUUCUUCUCUUUGAGACUUUAAAGGUUUGUGUGUUUGUGUAAUAAUAAUAAAUGAAUAACAUUUACAUGUUUGAGCAAAACAUAAAAUGACCAAACCAAAGUUGAUGUUUGUCAACUCAAAGAGAGAUCUUGAAGGAAUCUAUUACAGUGUGCAGCCUAUCUUUCAUCUUC